AUUUAAAUGUGAUUUUUAAUUUUUCACCUAAAAGGAAAUGAAUUACCAAGUGACACGUGUCACAUCACCCAGUCGUGGCACGAUUCCACUGCCACAAUAUAGUUCCCAUAGCACAGGAAUGUUGCUUUCUUCUCCAAAUAAUGUUAAAAACCCCUCAAAACAAUUCACUCUUUUCUCGAGUCUCUUCCUUGCGCACCGGCGAAGAGUCUCUGCUCUUCACACUUCACUCGUUUGUCUGUUGGCACAGACUUCAAUGUCUUCAAUGAUGAUGAACAGCAAUAGAGACAGAGAAGAAGCCCUCACGUUCACGACCCCUUCAUCGUCUUCUUCCCCUGUUACCUUCUCAGACCAACUCGAUAGCUACCUUACCGAACCUAGUUCGCUUAUCGGGAGUGCCACUGGGAGUUUGCAGAGCGACAGUCUGCUCGGCGGCGGGGAUGGUGGAAUCAACAACAGUGAUGCCGAGUUCGGCUUUUCUCGACCUGAUUUCUGGCAGAGUAUACUUGUUGGGACCGUUGAGUUCUAUGAACGCCAUAUCUUUCUUUGUUACAAGAACCCUGGGGUUUGGCCUCCUCGCAUUGAGGCUGCCGAGUUCGAUCGCUUGCCUAGGUUGCUCUAUGCCGCUGUCGUGGCCAGGACCAACGAUAUGAAGAAACAGACUCGCCUAACGAUAUGUGAGGGGCAUGAUGGGACUGAAACAUCAAAUGGAGAUGUAUUAAUCUUUCCAGAUAUGAUCAGAUACAGGAGAUUGACACAUUUUGAUGUUGAAACAUUUGUUGAAGAAGUUCUUGUGAAGGAUGGCGAAUGGCUUCCUGGAACUCCUGAAGCCUUAAAAACUUCAUAUGUAUUUGUUUGUUCACAUGGAUCCCGUGAUCGUAGAUGUGGGGUUUGUGGACCUGUCUUGGUGAGCAGAUUCAGGGAAGAGAUAGAGUUACAAGGUCUUCAAAAUAAAGUGUUUGUUAGCCCAUGUUCACACAUCGGAGGACAUAAGUAUGCUGGAAAUGUCAUCAUAUUUGGAUCAAGUAUCAAUGGAAAACUCACUGGACAUUGGUAUGGAUAUGUUGCUCCAGAUGAUGUGCCUGUAUUGCUUCAACAGCAUAUCAUAAGAGGGGAGAUUCUGGACUCACUGUGGAGAGGCCAGAUGGGUAUAACACAAGAUGAACAGAAGAAAAGCCAAGAACAAAGGCUUAAGCUGAAAGAAAGCACGGAAGUGUUGAUGCAGAUGAAGAAUCACGAGAUAAGCAGUGAUGUUUAUGGAAGUCAAGAAGAUAACUUUUUGAGAUGCUGCCAAGAGAGCGGAGGCUCUUCCUGCUGUCAGAACCAUGUGUUACUGGAAAAAACAAAUGAUUCUGAUGCCAUGGAGACCGAGGCAAAGUUCUCUGCUGACAAUGAAAGUGGUGAGACCUUGAUUUCUCAAUUUAAUAGCAGAAAAGGAGCCUCCCGUAAACUCCGUCCUUCCGUGCCGACGUGGCUUGAUAGCUGGGAGCACGAAGAUACCUACGCAGCACUUGCUGUUGUCUGUGCUGCUGUGUCUGUUUAUAUUGCCUAUGGCUGCUACAAACAGUCGAGCUAAGAGAAAUCAACAAUUGGUUAGCACUUUUACCUCAGGACUAGGUAACUCUGUUUCUAUGGUCUGGGUGAUUCUGGCUUCUGGCUGUGUCUGUCUCUGAUGAGUCCACAUAGUGGAAUCCAUGUGUGAUUGGAGAAAUGAACCGCAUCUCGUUGCUUGUUCUUAUUUCAUGGAAGCCAAGGUCUGAAGCAAUUUUCACUACGUGCUACUGCAUCUGCAUAAUGCUUGGAUGAACUUGAACCCUCUUUCUUUAGAGAAGAGCGGGAGGAGUCAAUGAGAAAGGAAGAAAAAUAGGCUUAGGUGAAGCACAUAACAAUAGAAACUUGUCACAGAAAGAGCCAAGUCUAACUCUUUGUACUGAGCAAAGAAUGAACCAUCCAGUUUAUAGUUGAUUUCUUGCAUAAAGUUGACACUUUUCUCUUGACCUGUUGCCAAUGCAAAAUGGAAUAUUUGUCUUA